UGCAAUAAGCGUUGCCUGUUUUGACUGUUUGCGUCAAGCAUAUUUGUAUUACAGUUAUAUAAUCAUAAACGGAAGUGUGUUAUUGCUGUCUUGUGAGUCUGUCGCUCCGCGGUCAGAAGAAAGUGUACUGUAUAUCGAAACUAAACCACGCUAAAGCCUUUAACCCCUAACCCACUUCACCAUAAGGUUAAAAGGCAGCCGAAUUAAAAGUAUCUGGGCCUUGCUUUGAUUCACAGUAAUUCACAUAGAAUUUUUAUCAGUUAACGUUUGCAUGCAUAGAAAUGCUGUCUAACAGAGUGGGCAAGCAGCUGGGUCGCCCCACGUACUCUUUAACAGGUUGGCUGGUGACCAAGUUCUUUAAAUGGCACAAUCGGAUUUUGGAGGAGAACGCAGUGAAACUGUGCAACAUUCAGCCCGACGACACGGUGCUGGAGCUCGGUCACGGGCCGGGGUUCGGUCUGCAGGCGGCGGCGCAGCUCCUCACGGGUCCGGAGGGGAAGCUGCUCGGCGUGGAUUUCUCUCAGUACAUGCACGAGAUGGCCAGCAAGCGUGUGAAGGAGCACAUCUCCAGAGGAAAGGCCGUGCUGUAUUACAGCGAUGUGCUGACCAUGCCGGUAGAGGACAACUCGGUCGACAAGGUGUUUCACUGCAACUGUUAUUACUUCUGGCCGGAUCUGAAAGCAGGAGCGAGAGCCAUUCACAGAGUCAUGAAACCAGGUGGGAUUAUGGUUACGGCUCUCAGGCUGGAAAGUGUUAAAAAAGUAGCCUCGAAGAACAUGUUCAGCGGCGAGAGCUGGCGUCCCGAGGUCUACAUGGAGGCCCUGCAGUCCUCUGGGUUCACAGAUGUGCGGAUGGAGAAUAAAAGAGAGAAACUCAUCGAGUUUCAAGCCAUUUUUGCCACUGCUGCAAAAUAAAUUCCUGCGUGUCCCUCGGUUUUUAUGAUUGAAUCUGAAUUAAAGUUAAAUCCAACAUAAGUAAAUAGCCUAUUGCCAGUGGCCUGGUUUCAUACACACGGCUUAGACUAAGCCAGGAUUAGUCCAUAAACCAAUCAGGACAUUUAGUAAUUUUUUAUAAACAUGCCUUAGAAAAAGCAUUAUUAGUGCUCAUCUUAAGACAAAACAAAGGCACUGACAUGUUUAAGAUCAGUCAGUGCUUUCAUUUAAAACAGCUCUGAUUUGUAUUUUAGUCUAGUACUAGGCUUAAGCCUUGUCUUUGAAACCAGGUGUGUGUGUAUAUAUAUAUAUAUAGUCUGCAGAACAAUUGUUUUUAUUAAUACAUAAGGUAAGCUUUUAUAGGAAAUGUAAACCACAAAUUGUAAAUAAGAAAUGAAAUAAAUAAAAAUUCUU